UAGCGCUUCGGUGCACCUGAGCGACGUUGGGACAUGGCGGCAGAAAACUACUUUUAAACCUUCUUAAUUUGAGUUCUACUAGUAAAUGAAACCUCCCUCGCCGACUUACAGGUGUAAUGUUUAUAUCUGUUAAAAUCAGGUUUCCCCCUGGAUAUGAAGGAGACGGUUGACCGGCACAAGAGGACGGCUUCCAGCUCCACGCAAAUGCGGUCCUCCUGCGUUGACAGUGAGCUCGGAGCCCAGCUCGGAGAUGGCGAGCCGGGCCAUCACGUCGGAGGGCAGGUGACUCCCUUCGCUUCCUAUGAGAAGCUCCACCGCAGCAGCCGGGCCUCCAUCCCUCUGGUGGGAACCCUGGUGACCUCCCGUGGGCAGCAGAGCGAUGUGGUCAAACAAGGCUACCUGGGGAAGCUCGACAGGAAGCACAGGAGAUAUUUUGUCCUCAGAGAGGGAAGUCACACCGGGCCCAGUCGGCUGGAGUGGUACAAGUCUCAGGAGAAGUUUGCGGCCGUCGAAAAGUCUUCUGGGAAAGCUGCGCCGUUUGGGCCCAGCAGGCAAGGGGUGAUUUACCUGAGGUGCUGCAUUGGCGUGCGCUGCCCGGGCAGCUCCAGGAAAGGCCUCACGGUGGCGCUGUAUGCUCAGGAUCAGACGGUGGCACUGGUGGCGGAGGACCAGCAGGACCAAGAAGGCUGGUAUGGGUCCAUCAAGAAGAUGCUGACGGAAGAGCGUGAGGAUGAAGAGCAAGGGUGCGAUGAUGUUGAUGAGGAUGAUGGCUAUUGCACUCUGCCGCCCGCCGCCUUCUUCCGAGAGGUUUGGCCCGUCUCAGUGAAACCUCGAGGUCUGGGUCGCUCCAAGUGUCUGGCGGGGGACCUCCACCUCUGCCUCACUGCCACCUGUCUCGUCCUGGUCCAAGUGGCAGCGUGCUGCGAUUCACCCCCCAUCACAAUACCUCUGCUCAGCGUCCGUCGCUUCGGCCACUUGGACGGCUCCUUUUUUCUGGAGCUUGGCCGGUCGGUGCCGAUCGGUCCCGGAGAGAUCUGGCUGGAAGCGAAGGACCGAGGAAACACCGCCGUGGCUCAGCGCAUCCACGAAGCCGUCCGAGACGCCGUCCGAGUGCUGCGGGUUCUUCCGGAUUUCGGCCGAUCCCCCGCCACAAACCACGGUCAGCUCCCGGUGCCUAAGCGCUGCAGACCCAAAUACAGAGACAAGUCCUCACAAGCCAGACCAGUUGGUUCCGUUCUCACACAAGCGCCCACACGCAGCGAUGUUGAUCUCCGCAAAGCCAGCACAACAGAACCCGAAUGUUCCCCCGGCAAGCGUGACGGCUCCGUGGACGUGAUGGCGCAGCCUGGCAGCGAGGGGACGUGUGAGGAAGCAGGGCGAGGAUACGUGAUGAUGUCACCGCAGGCCGGCCGCACUUCCUCUGCCCCGCCUCAGGAUGAAUACGUUGCCAUGGCGAGCCCGCAAAAACACAACCGGCCAGCUUUCGUUUCCCCGCAGACGUCACUGAACAGGCGCCAUCACACCCACAACCCGCUACGGACGCCCCCACCCUCUGGCUCCACUUGUUGUCCUGGGAGGUGCGGACAGCCCUCAAGACCCGUGUCUCCGUCCGUGCCAAGCCGCUCUCGUCGUCUCCAAGCGGAAGUGGAACGGCUCGCCGGGAGAAGAUCUCAAUUGUCAUCGUGUCUGCCGUCUUGUCUGCAAGCUGAUGGCUGAUCCAGACGGCGACUUUGUCAACUUGGAAGUAAAGCGUAUGCAUAUCAACCUUGUUUGUAUGAUUGAUCAAUGAAGUCAUGGACAUUUCACUGUACAAAUGAAUAAAAGACACCUGAAAGCAAG